UAAUAGUUACGAUGGGUCGGAUGUCACGUGUCUUUGACGUGAUUCAGAAAUAGAAUGAAAAAUAAUUUACACGUUUUCGUUAAGAAUGCAAACGUAAAAGAUUUUAUAAAUAAUUUAGUCGGUUCGUUGUUGGUCGUCGUCUACUAAUGCAAGCGGGUACUUAGAAACUGUUUCCCCUAACCGCCAAUUACGUGUGUGUAGUCCUUAGAUAUACAAUCGAUUGUAAAAUUUAAAUCAUCAACGCGCAAUAAAAGGACGCGAAAAUCCUGAAACACCGUCAGUCCAAUUGGAAUCCAACGAGCGGUCACAUCUUAAUUAUGAAUAAUACAAAAUUCAAGUGGAAAUCUUCGGUAUACAACUUUUUUUAAUAAAUAAACACGUGCGUGACGUUCAAUUUCGUGACUCUCAUUUUCGUAACAGUUUAACGCAAAAUCUCAAGCAAAACAAACAGUUGAUAAAGAAUCUCCGUUUCUGAUAGUGAUAAACUUACUAUUGCAAAAGAUGAAUAAAAUUGUACAGGAAGGCAGUAAUUGUAAUCAGAUCUUGACCAUCCUAUUGGCAUGUUUGGUCGGGCUGACAGGGGGAGUUUUGUUUGCAUGGCCUUCACCUUCGAUUCCACGACUGUUGGAUGGAUCUCACGUUGUUCAUGUGUCCCUUGAGGAAGCUUCGUACUUAACAGUUCUACCGCCCAUUGCUGCUGUUCUAUCGUCAUUUGUAUUUGCUCGUUUAGUGGAUAAAAUUGGAAGGAAACGGACAUUAUUGUUUAUAGGGGUGCCGCAUGUGCUAGCAUUUGCACUCAUCGCGUUUGGGAACUCGAUUUGGUUGUUCUAUUUGUCCCGAUUUAUAACAGGGAUUGCAGAUGCCGCUGUCUUUGCGGCAUUACCGAUGUACGUGGGUGAAGUGGCGACUCCGCAAGUUAGAGGUAGCUGGGGUAAUGCCAUGGCCUUCUCUAUAUUCUUAGGAUCGUCCCUUAUGAAUGUUAUAGGAGCCUACUGCUCCAUCACAGUCACAGCUUUAAUAUUAGGCAUAGUACCAGUGGUAUUUUUCAUAGUAUUUUGCUUCAUGCCAGAGACGCCUUAUUAUUACAUAAUGAAAGACAAACACGAGGAGGCAAAAAUUGCAUUACAAUGGCUCAGGCAGAAGGAAGAUGUGGACGAAGAGUUUACAGAAAUGUUGCAUGCCAUGAAAAGACAGUUGGCCGAGCCGAGCAAACUGAAAGAUCUGUUCGUCGUGAAGACUAAUAGAAAUGCGAUAAUCGCCGGAGGCUUCUCAAGAUUUACUCAGCAGUUUUCAGGCAUUGCUGCUUUCACCGUCUACUCUCAAUACAUUUUCCAAGUAGCAGGUGGGUUUCCAGCGCAAACUGCUGCAAUUCUAUGCUCAGUAGUUAUGACCGUCUUUAGUUUCCUCUCUUCGUUCCUGUUGGAUAAGCUGGGCAGACGGAAAGCAAUGUUUCUAUCUGGAAUCGGAUGUAACCUGAUAUUAAUCAUGAUGGCGAUUUUCUUCUACUUGAACAUGGAAACGAACGUAGACAUGUCCAAGUUGCUUUGGUUCCCGAUCGCCGGAAUGGUCAUUUUCAUCAUUCUAUUCUCCUUAGGCUUGGGCAUGGUUCCGACCUUAAUGUUAGGCGAACUGUUCUCUUCUUCGGUCAAAGGAAAUGCCCUCGCUGUCAUGAACAUUCUGUUUGGAACCUACGUCGCUCUCAGUACGAAGAUCUUCCAAUUGUUACUCUCAGCUUUCGGUCUCUGGAGUCCGUUCGUAUUUUAUUCGGUGUGCAAUUUAGUUGGUAUAAUUGUGUGUUACUUCAUAUUACCCGAAACUAAAGGAAAAACUCUCGACGAAAUCCAGCUGUCCAUGCAAGGAAAGAAGAAGGAGAAAGCGGAAGCGAUCAAAGAUUGUGUCAAUCACAUAUAAUUUAUUUAUUUUAAAAAGUGUUUAGAAACUUUGCAUCAAAAUAAA